AUGGACCUUGUGCACGCCCACGCAUCCUCCAACACUCUGGACGGAAUCGCCCAGAUGGAUGGCACAGAUCACUGCUACACCCAUGGCGGCCCGAAGGGCCAUCAUUCCGAGUGGGACUCGAAGAUCUUCAACUACCUCAAGUACGAGGUUCUGCGAUUUCUUCUCUCGAACGUGAAGUGGUGGCUCGAGGAGUACCAGUUCGAUGGCUUCCGAUUUGAUGGAAUCACUUCGAUGUUGUACCAGUCUCAUGGCAUCGGCAAGGGCUAUACAGGUGGCUACCACGAGUACUUCGGUCCCGAUGCGGACAUCGACAGCCACAUCUACCUCAUGUUGGCAAACGACCUCAUCCAUCGUAUCGUCCCUUCAGCAGUGACCGUUGGCGAGGACGUGAGCGGUAUGCCGACCUUGUGUUUGCCGGUGGAUUGGGGAGGCUUUGGAUUCGACUAUCGCUUGGCCAUGGCCAUUCCGGAUAUGUUCAUUAAGUACUUGAAAGAGGCGCGAAGCUGCUUGCUGCUUGCUGCUUGCAUUUGUUCCAAGCGGUUGGCUUUUCUUGACUUUCGUUCGCGCCAGUGCACCGACGACGGGUGGAACAUGGGACACAUCGUGCACACUUUGACCAACCGCAGAUACAUGGAGAAGGUCAUCGCCUACGCCGAGUCACAUGAUCAGGCCAUUGUAGGUGACAAGACGCUCGCUUUCUGGCUGAUGGACGCCGAAAUGUACACCGGCAUGAGCGUCUUCACAAGUCCACAACCCUCAAUGUGUGUGGAUCGUGGCCUUGCGCUGCAUAAGAUGAUCCGACUACUGGUCCUCGCUCUCGGCGGCGAGGGAUAUCUCAACUUCAUGGGCAACGAGUUCGGACAUCCGGAGUGGAUCGAUUUCCCUCGUCCUGAGAAUGGCUGGAGUCAUCAUCACUGCAGACGACGUUGGGAUCUCGCCGAAGACGAGCUGCUGAGAUACAAGUUCUUCCAAAGCUUCGAAGAGCUGAUGCAGGCGUGUGAGAACCGGUUCAGUUUCGUCAACGCGCACCACCAGUAUGUUAGCAAGAAGGAUGAGAUGGACAAGGUCAUCAUCUUCGAGCGCGGUGAGCUUGUCUUUGCCUUCAACUUCCACCCUUGCAACAGCUACAAGGACUACCAGAUCGGAACUCACUCGGAUGAACCCAUGCGUUGCGUCCUGGACACGGACGAGGGCAGAUUUGGUGGCCACAUGCGUCUGGAUUAUGGUCAUGGACACCCUUUUCCACCUUUGCAUGGGCUGGAUAAGCGCCCACAUUCCGUCAAGCUGUAUAUGCCCUCCCGCACAGCACAGGUGCUUUGCAGGCAAAGCAGGCUGGAGGGUGGAGUGCAUGUCUACGUUGAAGACAGCUUCCUGGGCCAGUACGACCUGGAGAGCGCAGACGGCCUCAAGCUGUCUCUAGUGAUCCAGAAGGACGGAAAUGAGGAGAUGUUGGAUUUUGACUUUGAGGAUGGGGCCGUUCAUUUGAAAGACAACUUCGACGCAACCUUCGACAUUGUCACGGAAGACAACUGCAUCUUGCCUUGCAAGGCCUCCAAAGAUACCAGGUUCCGAAUAUAUUUCCCUGGUGAGUACACUGUGGCACACCUGGGCUACCUCAGAAAUGGGCGACCUGAGGGUAUGCCUGAACCAGUUCAGGAGGCCCCUGAAGAACCCACACCAGUGCCGGAGCCAGCACCCCAGCCAGCGCCCAAGCCAACACCCCAACCGGCACCCAAACCAGCCGCCCAGCCACCGCCACAGCCGGCGCCACAGCCGGUGCCACAGCCAGCGCCGCAGCCAGUGCCGCAACCAGCGCCACAACCAGCACCGCAACCAGCACCACAGCCGGCGCCCACGAGAGCAACCCCAGAAACACCUUCACCAAAGCCGAUGACGGCUGCUGAAAGACUUGGCGGCUAUUCCGCGAAGCCCAAACCGGCGGCGCAGCCCCCACCGGCGGCGCAGCCCCCACCGGCAGCAAAGCCCACGCCGGCAGUGCAGCCCCCACCGGCGGCGGCAGAACCGCAAGCUGAGCCCCAGGCUUCAGAAGAAGCCGGGGUGGACGUUCGAGACAUGACGCGGUGCUACUCCGGGCUGCACUUCAUGGAUUUGGAGGCUCUGGAUGCUGCACUAGCGGAGACGCACGAACAGGUCUCGGAGCUGGAGCAGUCCAAGAGCAGAUUGGCUGCCUUCCAGGAGCAUUUGGAUGCAUGCGGCGGUGACUUGGCCAAGCUUGCCGAAAGCUAUAAGACUUUCGGUCUCCAGCGAGACGGCUCUGAAUGGACAUACUGCGAAUGGAUGCCCUAUGCAGCUGCAGUUUAUCUGGUUGGGGAUUUCAAUGGCUGGGACACCAGCGCGACGCCGCUGGCACAGGAGGAGUCGCUGCCGGAUAUUUGGAGCUGCAGCCUUCCGACCAUGCCGAUCGGCUCGAAGUACAAGCUCUACGUGGUGCCUGAGGAUGGUGACGCCUACUAUGCCAUGCCGGCCUGGGCCACCCGCUUCACCGGGCCGAACGACAUGAAGCUCCUGGAUGCCAUCGUCCACCCCGUGGAUGGAGCAGGGCCUGGGAGACUCGAAGUCCCCCCGGAGACGCUCCAAGGUGGGUUACGUUUCUACGAGUGCCUGCCGAUGCUCACAUCCAAGGAAAGCACAGCCUCUCCGCUGGUU